CUGAGACCCACGUUUCUCCUGCAGAGAGGGUGCUGAGCUUCCUCUGGUGAACACAGCAGGUGUCGAUCGUUGCUUGGUGCCCAGCCGCGGAGAAGGCUUGUUGUUAGGCGCCAUGGACUCGGCUGGACCCCUCGCUGUCCUGUGCACAGCAGAAGGAAACACCGCCGCACGGUCCUGCUCCAUCCUCACAAUGGCUCCCAGGCUCGAACUCGGUGUCGUACGUUUCCUUAGGCGCCUGUCUGGCCCCCAGACGCAGGCUCCCGGCUCCACUGCCUUUCGGGGGACCCCGCCCUGGGCCGGGCCUCUGUGGGCCCGCGUGCAGCCCCGAGUCUCCGGAUCUCGCCUUUAUCCCGGCUCUGGGCCCGGGAGCCCGGCAGGGUGGCGCGGUGCCUUUAAGAGCAGGCCCCGCCCCCUCAGAGGGCCAAGCCGUCGCCUAGCAACAGGACGCCACGCUGACUGCGCGGCCGGCUGUGCAAUCCAGCGAGUUUCUGGUCAUUUCUUCCUCCUGGCCGCUCCGGUGGUCGGAAGCAACAUGUCCCAGGAAGACCCCCAGGCGAUGGCGGGACCCCCCGAGCAGAAGGCCGAGGCGCCCCCGGAGAAAACCUGCGACUAUUACCACGUGAGCGACGACCUGCCCGCUAGGUUCAACAACCCAGGGUGGUUUCGGGGCUACAGGUCCCAGCAGCCCGUGUCUGUGUACAGGACCAGCAACCAGGCCUAUGGGGGCCGAGCCCCCACUGUGCACGAGAUGCCGAAGGUUUACUACCCCACCUCGGGGAAGUUCUCCCAGUACCUGGCAACCUUCGGGAUGUCCCGGAGCAGCACCCUCAACGUCUCCAUGGACAAAAGCAUCGUGACGGGCCCGGAUAACAACAUCACACCUUUCGAACAUCUCGACUUCCACCCCAGCUACAACCCCAACCAGCCCUCCAUCUGCAGCUGAGGGAGGAGAAACCCUACCGAGAGUUGGCCCUCGGCUCCCCAAACCCCGGCAUCUCCCUCUCUGCAAUAGAGCAGUGGGCAAAUGGGGCUGUGGUUCCUGCCUGCUUUUAUUUCUCGGGCCCGCUCCAGGGGCGUCAGGGAGCACGGCCACA